AUGGCGGUAAAGACUGAUAUGAGUAAGGCAUACGAUCGAGUGGAAUGGGAUUUUAUCCAAAUGGUCAUGGAGAGAAUGGGUUUUCAUCAUGUGUGGAUAAACUGGAUAAUGCAAUGCCUAACUACAGUCUCCUACUCAUACCUGAUCAACGGAGCAGCUCAAGGAACAGUCCUGCCUCAACGUGGCAUUAGGCAAGGAGACCCACUCUCACCAUUCAUCUUCAUCUUAUGUAGCGAGGUAUUGUCAGGGUUGUGUAAAAGAGCCCAAUCUGAGGAGGUUUUGACAGGAAUCAAACUAGGAAAAAAGAGCCCGAGGUUAAACCACCUCUUGUUCGCUGAUGAUACCAUGUUCUUCUGCAAGGCGGAAAAGGCAGACUGUGACAAGCUACUUGAAAUCCUCAGGAAAUAUGGUGAGACCUCCGGACAGAUGACUAACACAGAGAAGUUUGCUAUCACUUUCUCUGUCAAAACAAACACUACCAUCAGAAAUCAAAUCAAAGACCAAUUAAAGAUCCGGAAAGAAGGGGGACAAGGAAAGUACUUGGGCCUCCCUGAACUUUUUGCGUAUCCAGUCGGUGCUCACAAGGUUCUGGUGGGACUCCUCCCCGGAGAAACAGAAGAUGUGCUGGAUAUCAUGGACGAAUCUAUCCAAAACAAAGGGAGAAGUGUACCACCAACCAAUACGUCUCAUGGAUGGCGUGGUAUAUGCAUAGGAAAAGAACUCUUGGAGAAUCAACUCUCGAAAGUUAUUGGUAAUGGACAUCAGACAUCUCUAUGGAGUGAACCGUGGCUAUCAAUGGAAACUGCCUUAACUCCUAUGGGACCACCAACAAAGGAGACUCAGUCGGAUACAGUGGCGACCCUGAUCUCAUCAACUACAAAAGACUGGAACAGGGAAAAAAUCAGACAGGUCUUACCGGAGCUGGAACAGACCAUUUUGGAGAUUAAAGUAAGCACAAAAAGGGCUGAGGAUACCUUUGUAUGGCUACCAACCAGAAAUGGCGUCUACUCGACCAAAUCAGGGUACUAUGAAAGCAUCAAAAAGGAAUGUGUAGCAACAUUGCAGCGCCCACCUGCAAACAGUAAUUUCAACUGGUUAAGCGAAGUGUGGAACAUCCAAACCUCUCCGAAGAAUAAAUUACUACUCUGGAAAGCUAUGAAAGGGGCUUUACCUACUGGCGAGAAUUUGCGUAAACGAAACAUCGUGACGGAGACCCUAUGCCCUUUAUGUGGGGAGAUGGAAACUAGUGAACAUCUUUUCAUCAGAUGUCGAUAUGCUCAACAGUUCUAG